GUUCUCAUCAGUCCCUUGCCAAACAACAUGUCUUCUUCUUCUUCUUCUUCUACCCGGGUCUCCCAGCUGGGCGCCGCCAGCUUGGCGGCGCUGCUCGCGGCGGUGUGCCUCCUCCACGCCGGCGGGGCGGCGGCGGCGGAGCUGAGCGUGGACUACUACGACUGCACGUGCCCGGACGCGUACAAGAUCGUGCAGGGGGUGCUGGUGGAGGCGCACCAGUCGGACCCUCGCAUCUUCGCCAGCCUCAUCCGCCUCCACUUCCACGACUGCUUCGUGCAGGGCUGCGACGGCUCGCUGCUGCUGGACACCUUCGACGGGAUGGAGUCGGAGAAGGACGCGCGGCCCAACAACGGGUCGGCGCGCGGCUUCGACGUCGUGGACGCCGCCAAGGCCGCCCUCGAGGACGCCUGCCCCGGCGUCGUCUCCUGCGCCGACAUCCUCGCCAUCGCCGCCGAGAUCUCGGUCGAGCUGUCCGGAGGACCCGGGUGGAACGUGUUGCUGGGGAGGCUGGACAGCUUCACUUCCAGCAAAGCCGACGCCGAGAACCUACCGGGCCCCUUCGACGGCCUGGACGUGCUCAGAGCCAAGUUCCGGAACGCCACGCUCGACGACACUACCGACCUCGUCGCCCUCUCAGGUGGCCACACUUUCGGCCGUGUGCAAUGCCAGUUCGUCACGGGCCGGCUGUACAACUUCAGCGGGACGAACCAGCCCGACCCUUCCCUCGACGCGACAUACCGAGCCUUCCUGUCCCAGAGAUGCCCGAGGAACGGCGACGGGACGUCCCUGAACGACCUCGACCCGACAACGCCCGACAACUUCGACAGGAACUACUUCACGAACCUUGAGGUGAACCGCGGCUUUCUUCAGUCCGACCAGGAGCUCAAGUCAGACCCCGGCGCGGCGGGGACGACGGCGCCGAUCGUUGAUAGGUUCGCGGGCAGCCAGGAGGCCUUCUUCAGUAGCUUCGUGAAUUCCAUGAUCAAGAUGGGGAACAUUAGGCCCGUGACGGAUCCCUCCCAGGGAGAAGUCCGGAACCGCUGCGCGUUUGUCAAUUCAAAUUAGCGGGCAGGGGGGAGACCGCGUGUGGGUAUACGCAAAUGUGGCAUCGUCAUGGAUGCAAGGAUGAAUUCAUCUCUUGUCGUCUCUGGUGUAAUAAUUGGUUUAUGUGUCAACCAAUGUAAACAUUUCAUGCAUGCUUGUUCUCUGACGUGGAAUAAAGUGAAAAUUUUAUUCCC